UCUGCGUUGAAGAGAUGUUGAUGCAAAGAAACAAAAGAUUGAGUCUAGUCUAACGUCUACAGUAUAUAGAUGGUAUUUGUUUUUUGAGAAUAACAACUACAGAUUUUAAGACAAAGACAGAGUUCAGUCAGUGGAGAGGCAGGCGACCUUGUUCGUGGUUCCAGACACUCAGGCCACCAGCCCUCCUUUGUUCUACGUGCCCCGUUGUGCCCCUCUUCUACCCGUGAAGAUGGCACCCUCCCUGGCCACAGCCUUCUCCAGGCGCUGGUGGAUGGCUGUGACUGCGGUCAUAGAGAACCUGCUGUUUUCUGCUGUGCUGCUGGGCUGGGGCUCCCUGCUCAUCAUGCUCAAAUCUGAAGGCUUCUACUCCUACCUCUGCAGAGAACCUGGUAACAGCACGAGUCAAAACCAGUCUGAGCCAGUCCUGGUUGGGGAUGAAGAGGGGAUCACCCAGAGCCCCGUGGUGGAGGAGGAGUACCUCCAGAUGAACGGCUGGCCCAUCUGUAAGGACCAGGAUGAGAUGCUGAACUUGGCCUUCACUGUGGGCUCCUUCCUCCUCAGUGCCAUCACCCUGCCCCUGGGCAUUGUCAUGGACAAGUAUGGCCCCCGCAAGCUCCGGCUGCUCGGCAGUACCUGCUUUGCCUUCUCAUGUGUCCUGAUCGCUUAUGGAUCGAGCGACCCCAAGAAUCUGUCCAUCCUCAUAUUCUUUGCUCUGGCACUGAACGGGUUCGGAGGAAUGUGCAUGACCUUUACUUCCCUCACGCUUCCCAAUAUGUUUGGUGACCUUCGUUCCACCUUCAUCGCUCUCAUGAUUGGAUCGUAUGCAUCCUCCGCUGUCACCUUCCCUGGGAUCAAGGUGAUCUAUGACCUAGGAGCCACCUUCAUCACCAUCCUGCUGGUGUGGGCUGCCUGCGCUGGCCUCGUCUUCAUCAACUGCUUCUUCAACUGGCCCCUGGAGCCCUUCCCUGGACCUGAGGAUAUGGACUACACUGUGAAGAUCAAGUUCAGCUGGCUGGGCUUUGACCAUAAGAUCACUGGAAAGCAGUUCUACCGCCAGGUGACCACGGUGGGGAGACGACUCAGCGUGGGGAACAGCAUGAAGCAAAACCCCACGGAGCUGGCCCAACAGGAGGGCAACAAGCUGUGUCUCUCCACCGUUGACCUGGAGGUCCAGUGCAAGUCCCAGGAGGAAUCCCAGUCCUUCAUGAAGAGUGUCCUGAGUCCUAUCUUUAUGCUCAGCCUGAUCACCAUGUGUGUCACCCAGCUGAGACUUAUCUUCUACAUGGGAGCCAUGAACAACAUCCUGGAGUCGCUGUCCGACAGAGACUUCAGCACAGUGAGUGUGUACACCUCCAUUUUCGGAGUGCUGCAGCUGCUGUGUCUGAUGACCGCGCCGGUGAUCGGGUACAUCAUGGACUGGAAGCUCAAAGAGUGCGAGGAUGAGAACGCGAAGCCGGGCACAAGAGAUCUCACCCAGCCCAAGCGUCGGGACAGACAGAUCCAGAAGAUUACCAACGCCACCCGGGCCUUCAUCUUCACCAACCUGCUACUGAUAGGCUUUGGGGUCACCUGCCUCGUCCCCAGCCUCCCUCUCCAGAUUCUAUCGUUUAUUCUGCACACCAUUGUGAGAGGAUUCAUCCACUCUGCGGUUGGAGGGUUGUAUGCUGCUGUGUACCCGUCGUCUCAGUUUGGCAGUCUGACAGGCAUGCAGUCCCUCAUCAGCGCCCUGUUUGCCCUGCUGCAGCAGCCCCUCUUCAUGGCCAUGAUGGGCCCCCUGAAGGGAGACCCCCUAUGGGUCAACGUGGGCCUGCUGGGGCUGACGGUGCUGGGCUUCUGCCUGCCUCUCUACCUGCUCUGCUACAGUCGCCAGCUCCAACGCCAGAAGCAGGAGCGCGAGGAGGACCCCAAAAUCUACGUCCAGAUCAAGAACGGCAGCACGCACGAGGCCUUCGUCUAGAGAGACAGACUGACGGACGGGGAUUUUUUUUUUUCAACAAAGAGAAGGAGGAACAGAGUGAGGAGGGGAGAGGUCACAGGUGUGACUGAACUGUAUGAUGAAUCGCAAUCUCACCCACCAACUCCGGUCCCUCUAACCGUCUGCACUUGCACUCAGACGAUACUCUCUCUCACACACACACACACACACACACACACACACACACACACACACACACACACAC